AUGGAUCGUUGGAAUAAUCACAGCAACUUCCUCGAGGACUCCGGGAGGAUGAGAACAGCUACCUCUCAUAACAAACGCCAAUAUCUAGAAAACUAUAAUACCUAUAUCGCACCAAGACUCCAUACACUUGAAGGUAACUUCCAGAUCUGGGCAAAUAUUCUAGCAGCGAUUCAUCUUCCCGGAACAAACGGCACCCAACACGCAGACAUCAACCUAAACCUCAACCCACAACAUCCCGAAUACGAUACCACGUACAGGCUCACAGACACGCGAGUGUCCGUCCUCGCUGCGGGUUGUGUAUGGCACUACCUCGAGCCCGUCAACAAUCCCGCCGCCAGAGCAAUACUGCUCUUCCGAGGGACUGCAACACAUCCAGCUGAAUACCGUGAUCGAAAGGGACGUCUCAACGUUGAACCAGCUGGCGCCUGGGCUGAUGGAAACUUCAAAAGCGUCGCAUCGUUUAGCUAUAGGGUGAUCAAAGACAGAGUGUUUAAUUGGAUGAACGAACAGACUACCAAGGGAAGGGAUAUCACUGCGGUAGGAUACAGUCUUGGAGGAUGUUUAGCGAUGCGUGCACUUAAACAUUACGCUGAGGAGAAACGUCCGCGAUGGGAAAACUCCGAGUUAUAUGCUUUCAGCGCUCCUGGCUUAGACACAAAGGCUGCAGCAGAGUUCACAGAAUUGUUUCAAGGUCACCACACUCAGCUGCAUACAUAUUGGCACGUCGACGAUCUGGUACCCGUCACCGGGCAUUACCCUAUAACAACACCAAAAGCAUACAGCCGCAUUGGUCCAGAUGGUGUUGUUCUUCCCAGAAUCGGCGUUCUGCACACACAUCUACUUCUUUUUAUAUCCGUUCUAGAAGGUUGGGAUGUGGCUCUCGCGUACCCUGUAGCAGAAACACCUCACGAACCAAACGCUCCGAAUAUAAAGCGCAAAAUCAUUGGCUUUAUGAGACGGCUUCCGGUCUCCGACAGCCGGUACAUGGCUGUUUCAACAUCGGUUGAUGAACCGGACAACCUUGCGGAAGAGGGAGCUGGAAACACAGCUCGCAUGGACUCGCUGUCGGCUCGCUCGCGCAGCAAAAAGCAACGGGUGGAUCGCUCCCAGGCCAUCUCGGCAAGGUUCCAGCUUUCGGCGGCAACUUUGAGCUCCGCUUCCUUCCGGUUAGAUCCAAAUCUCGACGGCUCUCCAUCAUACGGCGACGAAGAGACAUGGGCUGUCUGA